GUGGAUGGUUUGAACCACUGGGCUUCUGCCCCACAAAGAGGGUAGUACGGCUACACACGAACGUAAGUGGGGGAAUAAAGUGACGAUAGUACGUAGAGAAUGGGUAUAGUUUUAAUUACUUUUGCUUUGCGUCGUUUUCUUUCAGGAGAAGUUAUGUAGAUUUGAGCGGGCAGUUGUCAUCCCCAGCAGCUCAGAUGAUGGGCCUCUCCCCCUGCUUCGUUUGUACCACCAUAGUAGAUUAAAAUUUGUUCCGACGGGGUCCGUUCGUUGUGCACAGAAGUGUUCGGUUUCGUGAAGCAAAUGAUUCAGAAGUUACGCGGAUGAACGGAUUUCACUGAACGCAUUUUAAAACUUGUCCGCAUAAGCACGUUUGUUUGGCUUUUACUUUGGGAUUCGAAAGGAGUUUGCUGGCAACUCGGCUACGAACACACACACUCUCUCUCUCUCUCUGACACACACACACACGGAUGGAGGUGGAGUUACCUUGGCUCGCAACAUGGCUGCUGUAGGCACGUCGGGGAAAGUUGGAUUCCUCACUUGAGAAGUUUUAUUUCAAAUACCGUAAGAAAAGGGAGAAAAAUAAACGUCCUGCUCUGAAAACUGGAACUCGGUGGACUGCAGUAGCCGGCUGAGAACACACUCCUGAACACCAUCUGCUCACAACAUCUUGUCUGUCGAAACACACCCAACCGUGUGUGGAUCAUUCAGUACAGCUCCUGUCCUGGUGCCUUUUUACCAGAGACAUUUAAAAAAAAAAAGACUAUUAAAGCCCUGAAUAAAAAUUAAAAAAAAAGAUGCAUUUCUCCAUCCCUGAGACCGAGGUCCGUUCCGGAGACAAUGGAUCAACAUAUGUGGCUUACAACAUCCAUGUCAAUGGGGUCCUGCACUGCCGGGUUCGCUACAGUGAGCUGCUGGGUCUUCAUGAGCAGAUAAAGAAGGAGUAUGGCAGCAAUGUGGUGCCUUCCUUUCCUCCAAAGAAAAUCUUUACUCUCACGCCGGCCGAGGUGGAACAGAGGCGGGAGCAGCUGGAGAAGUACAUGCAGGCUGUGCGCCAGGAUCCUGUACUCGGUGCCAGCGAGUUGUUUAACAGCUUCCUGCGAAAGGCACAGCAGGAAACUCAGCAGAUCCCUACAGAGGAGGUCCAGCUAGAGGUAUACCUGUCCAAUGGGCAGAAAGUCAAGGUCAACAUCCUCACAUCUGACCAGACAGAGGAUGUUCUGGAGGCCGUAGCAUUGAAGUUGGGUCUGCCAGAUGAGCUGGUGGGGUACUUCAGCCUCUUCCUAGUUCGGGAGGGCUCUGAUGGCAGUUGCACAUUUGUGCGCAAGCUGCAGGAGUUUGAGCUGCCAUAUGUGUCGGUGACCAGCCUGCAGAACCCUGACUACCACGUCGUUCUCCGCAAAAGCUACUGGGAUUCAGCCUAUGACAGUGAUGUGAUGGAAAACAGGGUUGGCCUGAACUUGCUGUAUGCCCAGACGGUGUCCGAUAUCGAGCGAGGCUGGAUCUUGGUUAAUAAAGAGCAACACCGGCAACUCAAAUCUCUCCAGGAGAAAGGCUCCAAGAAAGAGUUUAUCCGCCUGGCUCAGACACUGAAGUACUUUGGCUACAUCAAGUUUGACCCCUGCAUCACAGACUUCCCAGAGAAGGGCUGCCAUGUCAUCGUCAGCGCUGGCAACAAUGAGCUCAACUUCCAUGUCAAGCUGCCGAAUGACCAGAUGAAGGAAGGCAGCUUCAAGGUCACACGCAUGAGGUGCUGGCGUGUCACAUCCUCUCAGGUCCCCAUGGCCAACGGCACUGCAAGCAGCUGUGGCCCAGGCAGAUGUGAGGUCAAGCUGGAGCUCGCCUUCGAGUACCUGAUGAGCAAAGACCGCCUGCAGUGGGUCACCAUCACCAGUCCGCAGGCUAUAAUGAUGAGCAUCUGCCUACAGUCCAUGGUGGAUGAGCUGAUGGUGAAGAAAUCAGGGGGAAGUAUCAAAAAGAUGCUGAAGAAACGUCACAACGGUGCUAUUCACCGAUCGGACAGCCAGCAGGCCGUGAAAUCACCCCCGUUACUGGACUCCCCGGACCCCAGCCGCGAGCAGGUCGUCAAGCUCUCUAGCAAGCUGACCUCAGUCACCCUGCGUGGGAUCAGCACCUCCAGCUCCAGCAAUGACAUCAGUGGCAACGAUUUCCAUGGCAACUAUGCCUUCGAAGGGAUCGGAGAUGAUGACUUGUAAUCCACAUCCUUUCCUAGAUGGCCAGGGAGAUCAAAUGCUGUCAGAGACAGACAUGUAGCCAAAUUCUGCAAGAUUGCAACCCACUUGAGAGCACUGAACCAAUUUAGCUUUCCUGUUGAAAGCAGGAAAAAAAUGUUAUGCUGACUUAAGUUCUUCAUUUAAAGUGCAAGGUUUCAGGAAAUAAUCACAUUGCCCUCUUUUCAGUUAAUGGCUGUUGCAAAUUGCAAUCUUUCAAUCAGUGUUUUAUUUGUUCAGUAUAUUAACAAUUUGCUCAGUGUAAGUAAUUUAAAUUCUUUCUCUAAAUUAAAUCAGCAGCUUAAUAUUGCACUGGUUUUAAGCGGAUCUUAUCUAGGUGUUAUUCAGAAGUUGUUAAUUCCCUUAUGGCUCAGUUCCAUUUUUUAUAAAUAUUAGUUCCAUGUUCUCGACAUUUCUGCAUGACUCGCCCGCAUGCUGCUUACCCUGAUUUAAAAAAAAAAAAAAAAAAAAAAGAAAGAAACCCUACAAUUUUUGUGUGUUGUAAACGUCAUAAGCAAGAAUUUUAAAAAUAAUUUUGUAAUGUGAUUAAAUAGCCUCAAGGUACAGACAUGCCUGUUUUUUGGGCUGGACGUGUAAUAACUGAAUAUGACAGGUAGUGUCGCUGGGCUUGUCGACGGUGUUCUGUCACCGCUCUCGCCGGGAGAUCAUACACACAACUUCAAAGCGUGCUGCACCAAACGGGACUCAAAACUGUGCCAGUUUCUGACAAGGAGGCCCGUGACGAAUAGGAUUCAACACUAGUGAAAAGCACUGUACAUAGCUCUUCAAAAAAAAAAAAAAAUAAAUAAAAAUCUUGUCUAGUCUGUGGAAUGUAUCUGGAAUGUAAAUGUCUUGCCAAAAAAAGGUCCGUAUCUGUUGCAGUAAUGAGAUGUAACAUUUUUUCCUAAUCGUUCGUUCUGUGUCACAGCUGUGUGCUUGUGUACCGCGGUACAUGGAAUGUAAGUGUUGAAAGUACGUGAGGGCUUCCCGUGUGCGUAGUGCCAAAUCUCGCAGGGGUCAUUUCAGGCGUAAAGAACCCAUCAAUAAUGUUCAGUUUGUAGACUUUUUUUUUUUUUUUUUUU